UGUUGGAAGCCUUACCCAGCUCGAGCCUGGUUCUUCUCGCACUAGAGGGUCUGUCACUGAAUCUGUAAUUUAUGGGCGGCUCAUGUCCGUUCUGAUCUGUGACGUACUUUCCAGUAGCAUGCACUACCUACUGUUCCACGUUACCUUGUGGCCACUCACAUGACUUUACUCCACCUGCGGUCUCGAUGCAUAUUGCUCCUUUGCUUUGGCAACCGAAAAUUGCUACCUACUUCUGCUGACAUGCAUAAGCAAUGUCAUGUGUCGCCUAUGCUGUUAUCUGCGGGACUACGGGACCGGUGGACUGGGUGGGCUGAAUGGGAUGGGUGGGUCCCGUCCGUGGAAGCACCUGUAACAGUAGGCAGCAUGGCGCUACGACGAAUCCAAGUACCACUUCUGCAUAGAGCAGCGUCAGCGGAGAAAUACUUUCGGCGACCAAGAAUGGAGAAGGAUGUGCUUGGGGCGACAAGGAAUUUUGAUUGCGUUCACUUGCGAUCUGUUGACCUUGGGGAGCUAAUUUCAUGUUCAGAUCAACCGUGCAACUGCCGGUCUUGCUCUGCGUCACCUUGCAGAUAUUGGCCACGUAUAUCCAAGUUUUGACCUGUAUCGUAGGGCUAAUCAUAGCAGAGUCUCAUCGGCAAAGCUACUUGUCUGGUGUGCUUGGAAACUCUCUCCAGUCAAGCGAGUACAGUUUUAGAGUCUAGGUGCUUUGGCUGGGG